AUGUUGGGUUUAGACCAUCGGCUUUUUAUGUGGGUGGCUGAUAAAUGUACCUUGAUUUUAACUGAAGGAGAUUCAGCUAAGGCUCUUGCAAAGCUGGAGAGACUUCAAGAAGAGGAAUUAGUAGAGAAGCCAUUUCAACGGAAACAAAUGAAAAUAAGGUUCCCUGAGCAUGGAAGAAGUGGAAGAUCUGUUGUAACAAUUAAUAACUUGGAAUUUGGCUUUGGAGAUAAGGUGCUCUUCAACAAGGCAAAUCUUACAAUUGAAAGGGGAGAAAAACUUGCCAUAAUUGGCCCAAAUGGAUGUGGAAAGAGCACUUUGCCGAAAUUGAUAAUGGAUUUAGAGAAGCCAAGAGGGGGUGAAGUUUUGCUUGGGGAGCAUAAUGUCCUGCCAAACUAUUUUGAGCAAAAUCAGGUUGAGGCACUUCAUUUGAAUAAAACAGUGCUUGAGACAGUAGUAGAAGCUGUAGAGGACUGGAGAAGUGAUGACAUAAAGGGACUCCUUGGGCGUUGUAAUUUUAAAGCUGAUAUGCUUGAUAGAAAGGUUUCUCUUUUGAGUGGUGGUGAGAAGAUGAAAGUUGGGGAUAGAAUUGAAACUGUUCACUUCUUCCACUGCUAUAAACGAGGAGUUGAUCGUGUAUUUGUGGAUCACCCAAUGUUCCUCGAAAAGGUAUGGGGAAAAACUGGGUCCAAAAUCUAUGGCCCUAGGACUGGUCUGGAUUACAAGGAUAACCAGCUGCGAUUCAGCUUGUUUUGCCAGGCUGCUUUGGAGGCACCAAGGGUUCUGAACUUAAAAAGCAGUGAACAUUUCUCUGGACCAUAUGGGGAGGAUGUUGUCUUCAUUGCCAAUGAUUGGCACACUGCUCUUCUUCCAUGCUACCUAAAAACAAUGUACAAAUCAAGGGGACUCUAUAAAAAUGCCAAGGUUGCUUUCUGCAUUCAUAACAUAGCUUACCAGGGAAGAUUCUCCUUCGAAGACUUUUCACUUCUCAAUUUGCCUGAUCAAUUCAAGAGUUCUUUUGACUUUUUUGAUGGCUAUGAGAAGCCAGUGAAAGGAAGGAAAAUCAAUUGGAUGAAGGAAAGUUGGGGUGCCUACCACGAACCUUCUUGGAAUGAAUCUUAAAAUUUUGUAUGUGAUAGUGGUUGCAUCAAAGAUGGUUGUUGUUGCUGUUCUGAAACUUGCAACCAUUGGCAACGACAGAUG